AUGGCUGACGAAAUUCCUAUGAACAAGCGCCCUCGCAUCGAAGGUGGUGGCAGCACUUGUCAUCGCUGCGGGGAGACUGGACACUUCGCUCGUGAGUGCCCGAAUAUUCCUCCUGGUGCCAUGGGCGACCGUGCGUGCUACAACUGUGGCCAGCCGGGCCACCUCAGCCGUGAAUGCCCCACACGGCCUCCUGGCGCAAUGGGUGGCCGUGCAUGCUACAACUGUGGCCAGCCGGGCCACCUCAGCCGUGAAUGCCCCACACGGCCUCCUGGCGCAAUGGGUGGCCGCGCGUGCUACAACUGUGGCCAGCCGGGCCACCUCAGCCGUGAAUGUCCCACAAGGCCACCUGGUGUCAUGGGCGACCGUGCGUGCUACAAUUGCGGUCGUAUGGGUCACCUUAGCCGCGAAUGCCCUAACCGCCCAGCCGGUGGCUUUCGUGGUGUCGCACGUGGGGCGUGUUAUCACUGCCAGCAGGAAGGUCAUCUUGCGCGCGACUGCCCCAACGCACCGCCCGGAGGCGAGCGCGCAUGCUACAAUUGCGGUCAGACAGGUCACAUCAGCCGUGCGUGCCCUGUGAAGUAA